AUGUCGCAAGCCGAAUUGGAGCAGGCUCGCCGGCCGUCCAUGUCCGAGAACCAGACGAUCCAGAGCUCCGAUAUCCCACUGAAGGAACGGUUCUUCCGCUACUUCCAGCAUGAAAUCACUGCCUUGCAGGGACAGAUGGAUACCCUCGCGGAUACCUCGCUAGUUGGCGGGGAGCGGACGGAUGCUACGGAUCAUUGUCUAGCUGGGAUUGCGCGGUUGUCCAAUGAGGUCAAGGACGCUGCUAGCUAUAUUCCUACGUAUGAUCAGCGGAUAUAUGCCGAGGCCAUCAAAGCUCUCCAGGACAAACUAGCAGAAACACGCGCUACAGUCGAGCCGCGCCCGAAGUUCAGCUUCAAGAACAAGCGAAACUCACCCGGCAACCUCCUCUCCCUCCCCGAUACAGCGUCAAUGAUGGUCCAAGGCCAGCUAGGAAUAGGCGGCUACCCAUCCCCCGGCGCAUCCUCCGUCGGUUCUUCCGGAUUAGCAACGCCCAACUACGUCAACACUCCUCUAAACGAGCCAGACAAACAACUCCACCUCCUUAGGCAAGGCACAAUCCCUAGCUCCGUUCCCGAAGUGACCGUGGACAACGUCACGGACCGCUUGAGCAAGAAACAACCAAACCAGCAGAACUUCGCAGCACAGUCCGUUAACGCGGUCACGGUAAAUGACCACACGGGACUACACAUUAUGCUCCCAUCGUCGGGCUCCACCGCCGCAGUCCCGGCAUCCGUCACAGCAAUGGACCGUUGCGUCGUCGAUAUGUCUAUUCCCACCGCCAACGGCAAACCAUAUGCCAGUUUGAUGGUCAAGACCGUCUCUGACAGCUUGCUCCUCUGUGGGCAGAUUGAUGGGCCUGCACACCUGACUGGAGUGCGCAAUAGUAUUAUCGUCGUCGACUGUCGGCAGUUCCGCAUGCACGACUGCAACAACGUAGACGUGUACCUUAGCUCCUCCAGCAACCCAAUUAUCGAGGAUUGCACGGAUAUCCGAUUUGGGAGGAUCCCGAAGGGAUAUCAAGCCCUCGAUCACGACCGCCUCGACACUGACGACCGCUGGAGCCUUGUCGAAGACUUCAAAUGGAUCAAGCCAGAGCCCAGCCCGAACUGGAGUCUACUUGGCCAGGACGACGGUGUGCCCCAGGAGGUCUGGACGGAGAUUGUCCCUGGCGGACCAUGUUGGUCGUGUGAAGAAAUUCUGCGUGCGGUUAAUAUCCUUAAGCACUAA